ACAGCGGCAGAAGCAGCCUUUACCAGCAGCACAGCAGCAAGGACUCUGGAGUCAGAGUAGGAUUUUAGGAUCAGGAUCGCAGCCCGUGUAGGAACCAGAGUGGAGCUGGCCUGGGUGAGGAGUGGAUUCUUCCCAGAGCCCUCAAGCCACCCGUUGCCUGCACUCUCCCUGCCAGACCUGCAGAGAGGAGAGACUGGGACAGCCAGCCUCAGGUUCCCCAGCCUCAGGAUGGCGUCCUCCCUGCUUGAGGAGGAAGCUCACUAUGGCUCCAGUCCCUUGGCCAUGCUGACAGCAGCGUGCAGCAAGUUUGGUGGUUCCAGCCCGCUGCGGGACUCAACAACACUGAGCAAAACAGGCACAAAGAAGCCAUACUCUGAUCUUUCAGCUCCUAAAACCAUGGGGGAUGCCUACCCAGCCCCCUUUUCAAGCACCAAUGGGCUCCUCUCACCUGCAGGCAGUCCUCCAGCACCCACUUCUGGCUAUGCCAAUGACUAUCCGCCCUUUUCCCACUCUUUCCCUGGGCCCACAAGCACCCAGGACCCUGGGCUACUAGUGCCCAAGGGCCACAGCUCUUCUGACUGCCUGCCCAGUGUCUACACCUCUUUGGAUAUGGCACACCCCUACGGCUCUUGGUACAAAGCGGGCAUCCAUGCAGGCAUCUCACCAGGCCCAGGCAACACUCCUAGUCCUUGGUGGGAUAUGCACCCUGGGGGCAACUGGCUAGGUGGUGGGCAGGGCCAGGGUGAUGGGCUGCAAGGGACACUGCCAACAGGCCCUGCUCAGCCUCCACUGAACCCCCAGCUGCCUACCUACCCAACUGACUUUGCCCCCCUUAAUCCGGCUCCCUACCCAGCACCCCAUCUCCUGCAACCAGGGCCCCAACACGUCCUGGCCCAAGAUGUCUAUAAGCCCAAGGCAGUUGGCAAUAGUGGGCAGCUGGAGGGGAGUGGUGGAGCCAAAACCCCCCGAGGUGCAGGAACAGGGGGCAGUGGUGGCUAUGGGGGCAGUGGGGCAGGGCGUUCCUCCUGUGACUGCCCCAACUGCCAGGAGCUGGAGCGCCUGGGGGCGGCAGCAGCUGGGCUGCGGAAGAAGCCUAUUCACAGCUGCCACAUUCCUGGCUGUGGCAAGGUGUAUGGCAAGGCCUCACAUCUGAAAGCCCACUUGCGCUGGCACACCGGGGAGAGGCCCUUCGUCUGCAACUGGCUCUUCUGCGGAAAGAGGUUCACCCGUUCUGACGAGCUGGAGCGGCAUGUGCGCACUCACACCCGGGAGAAGAAGUUCACCUGCUUGCUCUGCUCCAAACGCUUUACCAGAAGCGACCACCUGAGCAAACACCAGCGUACCCACGGAGAGCCAGGCCCAGGACCCCCAGCCAGCGGCCCCAAGGAUCUGGGGGAGGGCCGCAGUGUGGGGGAAGAGGAAGCCAGUCAGACACCUCGACCUUCGGCCUCUCCAGCACCCCCAGAGAAAGCCCCUGGGGGCAGCCCUGAGCAGAGUAACCUCCUGGAGAUCUGAGCUGGGAGCAGAGUCUCCAGCCAGGGGCCUCUUGUCAGCCUCUCUGGCUCUGUGGGCCAUUGCUUGCCCUCACUCCCUUUCCAUGUGUGCCGUCCUUUAGGGCUCUCUCUCCCUGUCCUCUGGCCAUUCUGGCCUGGUGACUCCUUGCAUGCCUCUUCAACUCACUUCCUCCAUGCUUUUUGGGCCUAACUCACCUCAGGCCUCACCGUGUCUGAUUCCUGACCUCUGGCCUCCUAAGGCCUUCCCUGGCCCCUGCUCAUAGCUUCUGUCCUGGGUCUUGCCAUACCAAAUCACCUUUCUUCCACUUGGAUUUCCAGCACUGUUUUUCUCUCUCUCACUAAUUUUGACAUCCUUUUUGGUUUCCAAGCUCAUUUAGUGCUCCCCUCAGCUUCCAGGUUCAUCUUCACAACUUUUUACUCCUCUGCUCUCCAUUCUCCAGAGCUUUUUUCCCCUUUCACAAACAGUGAUGAUAAUGAUUAUUUAUUGCCCCCUGGUGGCCUCUUCAUUAGGGACCAGAGUUAGGGGGAUUGGGGUUAGUGACCUGGCUGAGAGCAAGGUGCCAAGAGGGGGGUAGACCAGUGGGGAUCUGAUCCCAAAGGUGGGGUGAACCCACAGGGAGGCUGCUCCCAGGUUUGUAUAUUUAACCCCUAUGUACCAGGAGUAAUGAAUAGUAAUAAUAAUAAUUCUAUUUAUCUAAGUUAUGAUGACGGGUCAGGUAGAGUGAGCCAGGGAGGGAAGGGGAUCCAUUUCUGCUAAGGAAAUUCUAGCCAAAUGCAUCUCUGUAGACAAAGUGAUAGCAGAGAUCUUCUUAACAGAAUUUCUAUCAUCAGGGUUUCAGUUAGUGGGGUUUCGUUUUCAGUGGAGUUUUUACAAAUUGGGUUGGUUAGCUAGAUCUCUGUAAGAGACUGGAUGUAGGUAUCUCUCAAUGAGGUGAUCCCUAAUAUCCCCAGUCCCAUCCAGAAGCUGUGAAACCUCAAGUUCUAUGGAGGGGAGGACUGGAAUGUACCCCAGCUCCCUUGACCCCAGAGCAGGUCCUUCCACUGCUUGCCUCAGACAUCAUGACCUCAUCAGGCUAAUGCCCUGUUGCCAUGGUUACAGAGAGCUUGCAGCUGCCAUAUUAAACAGGCUCUUUGGGGAAGCCCAUCUAACAGUAGGACAUUGGUUUGGAGGUUACCUUCCUGAAGAUUGGGUAGGGAAAGACUUUCUCUGGGAUCAGAAUCAAAUAAAUCAAGUAUUUAUUGGGUGCCUACUCUGUGUGAGGCACUGUAUUAGGCCUGGUGCCUAGAAGCCAUGAGAAAAUUAUUUACAGAGCUAGGAGGACGGAGCUCCCCAAACAGAUUUGGGGGUGAACCCACAGCCCGCCCCCCGCAACCUGGGACUUUCAAUUCCACCUCCAAUGACUUUUAAAGCCGCUUGGUGCCUUUGAAUGCUUUUCCUGAGAUUUUUGGAUCCUCCUUUUCUAUCCUAUGCUCCCUCAGGGCCCCAAGUUAAAAGGCAAAGCCUCUGGAGCUUGGGGCGAGGGUAACAUUGUGGAGGGGA